UAAAGAGACAUGUCAUAUGACAGAAAAUCACAUGGUUCGAGUUGGUCUUGUUUGAUUUUCAUCUAGUUGCGUUUCUAGUGACUUGUGUCAGAAAAUCCAUUUGGAUAUCUUGCAAUAUAAAGUUUGGAUAUUGUUGAAGGUGUGUCAGUAUAUACAGAAGACUUAUGUCUGGAAAUAUGGCUGAUGACCUCAAGAGAUACCUUUAUAAGAAGUUGCCAAGUGUUGAAGGUCUUCAUGCAAUUGUGGUGUCAGACAGAGAUGGAGUGCCUGUCAUCAAAGUGGCAAAUGAUAAUGCCCCUGAAUAUGCAUUGAGACCUGGAUUCUUGUCCACAUUUGCCCUUGCUACAGAUCAGGGCAGCAAGUUGGGACUGUCCAAAAAUAAAAGCAUAAUCUGUUACUACAAUACUUACCAGGUAGUACAGUUCAAUCGUUUACCAUUAGUGGUGAGUUUUAUAGCGAGUAGCAACUCAAACACAGGUCUGAUCAUUAGCCUUGAAAAAGAGCUGGCUUCAUUGUUUGAAGAAUUAAGACAAGUUGUAGAAGUUUCCUAAAAACGGUGGUUAUAAAGUUUUAUCCUGCAUCUCUUCCAGAAUGUGGUGAAGAAACAGCAUUUUUCAUUGCAGAAAUCCUGGACUUACUGUCAAUUAUAUUGCCCAAUGCCCACUUUUCAUUUUCUGUUUGAGAAUGUACAUUGAAUGAUGUAAAACUAGCAUUUGUGAACUGUACCUUUUUGUGUUUCUUUGUGCAUACUGUAAAGUAAUAAUAAAAAUAAAUCUUUAUUCUGUUACCCUGAGCUCAACUCCCCAGUAUGGAUUCCAGCACAUCCUGAUUUGAAGGGUUGUUUAAAUGUGCAGUAAAGUUUUUAAAACUA